AUGCCGCGGGCACCGAAAAGAAUAGGAGGAGGAACUCAGCGAGUAGACCGCACACACAAACCCCACCCAAAAGUAAAACCCAUUCGAAUUCACAUCGCCCCAACCACUAUGAAGAUGAUCCCACUCGUACCGCAGUAUAUGGUGAGAUAUGAACAAGAACAGGAGCGUCAGCGGUGUGCGGAAGACUUUGGUUUAGUGGAAGUAGAGCCAAAACGUAUUGUUUCCAUUCGCUUUGCGGAUGUACGUGUGGGUAAACGUAUAUCUAGUUUAACCGCGGGAAUGAGAAAAAAUAUGGAGUUGCGUUUUGUUCCUGUUACGUGGAAUUCAGAGAGUGUGGUGCCAUUGAAGUUUACAGAUUUAACACCCACCAAUAGUUGCUUUACUUUUGUCUGA